AUGGGCGCACAGUUCCCCGUACCUGUUCUUGCUGUCGCGGCGGAUGCGGUGCGCGACCUUGAAGGGCGCGAUGCGCUCUCGGGGCUUUGGACGCUAUUCACAAAAUGCAAAGAAUCCCUUCAAGAAGGACGAAGGCUUGAGAAUAUAUCGUGGAGGCUUUGGUAUCGCGAGAUGAUGAUUGAUGGUGCGAGUCGGGUUGGGAGGGAGGGUCUUGUGGAGGAGAAGGAGAAGGAGGUGGAGGUGGAGGGGUACGAUGAGAAUGAGAAGAAGGAGGAGGGGGAUGAGAAGAAGGAGAAGACGGAGGAGGAAGAAAGAACGUUACCCCCGCCUCCGCAUGUGGAUAUGCAGAUACCACCACCGCCGCCGCCGCCGUAUUCAUCCUCGUCCUCGUCCUCGUCCUCGUCGCUGAGUGAAGCGCAGCACAUCGUGGUCGUGCUGAUGCUUUCGCCUUGGCCUGCGUGGUUGUGGUCGUGGUCGUGGUUGUGGGCUUAUUCGCCUCCGCCUCCGCUGCCACCUCUUCUACCGCCUUUACCUCCGCGCCUUGUUCAUUAUGUAUCGGGGUUCCGGUUCUAUGGUGUUGGCGAUGAAAAUUCUACGCAGAUUCAGACGCUGCCGCCGCCGCCCUCCUCCUCCUCGUCUUCACAAGCUCAAGCGCAAGCACCAGCACCAGCACAAACGCUGACGCUGACGCCAAUGCAGUUACCAUCUCCGUCGCUUUCGGCGACGUCGGAUUCAAAUUCGAAUUCUAAUUCUAAUUCACCUUUACCACUUUCACUCGAGUUCGAAUUCACAUACACAUACACGUUCGCAGUCGAAUUCGAAUUCAUCACGUUCAGAAUCGCCUUUAUCGCAGUCACAUUCGAACUCGCCACAUUCGAAUUCAUCACAAUCGAAUUUAUCACAUACACAAUCGCAUUCAUCACAUACACCACAUUCUCCGCAUACCCACGCCCACGCCCACGCCCACGCCCACGCCCAUACCAGUACACAUUCGCAUCCACAUUCCGAUUCGCAUUCGCAUUCGCAUUCGCAUUCGAAUCAGCUGAUAUCGCCACUAACGCCUUCAAUGGCGAUGGCGAUGACGUCCUCGUCUUCGCGUCCUUCUUCGCGUUUGCCUUUAUCUUCAUCGUCGUCUUCGUCGUCGUCUUCGUCUUCACAUUUACCUGCAUCUUCACAUUUGCCUUCACAUUCGCAUUCGCAUUCGCAUUCGCAUUCGCGCAACGACAGAGUAGUAGUAGUAGCGGGUUCUCUGUGCAGGCGAUGCCGAUGGGGACGCCAAAGUCGUUGAGUGUAGGAAGGGUUAUUUGGGAUGUUGUUAUGUUGCCUUCUGCUGGUGCUGGUGCUUCUGGUGCUUCUGCAGGUACUGGUGCUAGUGGAUCGGGCACUUUGAGUGCGGUGGAUAGUGGGUCUGGUGAUGUGAGUGCUGAUGCGCGGGAUUUGGGUUCGAGGUUGGGGUCGAGGUUGGGGUUGGGGCUGAGGAGGGAUCAGAUGGUUAUGACUGUUCCUGUUGUUGAACUUCGCGAGGAGGGGAUCAAUAAGCAGAAGGAGGUGGAUAAGGAGAAGGAUACGGAGAGGGAGGCAAGGAUUGUCAAGUCGAGUUUGCCAACGCCGGAUGUGGAGGUUGAUGUUGAUGAGCUUGUUGGUUCUCAGCACCAGCACCAUCUCCUCCAGCAACAACAACAACAGCUGCUGCAGCAAACGCAGGAGUAUCAGCAGCAACAGCAGCAGCCGCAAACGCCCCCGCGCACGUCGCAUAUUUCGAUGACGCAGCCUGUUACACCUCCAUCGCAAUCGUCGCAGACACCACAUUCACAUACACAUUCACAAAUACCGCAAUCACAAUCACAACUACCACCGCCGCCGACGCUGAUAGUCGUGAACCCAACCCCGAAUCCUACUCCUCAUCCUACACCACCCGCUACACCGCUCAUACACGGUAUAGGGCCGUUCCCUGGGUUUGCAUCCGGUGCGGGGACUGGGGCGGGGGUGGGGUAUACGCUGGGCCCUGGGGGUAUAGUGAGAGCGCAGUCGCAGUGGUUGGCGUUGCCUGAGAGUGGGCGCGGUGGUGGUGGUGGUGGUGGUGGUGGUGGUAGUGGAGGAGGCGGUGGGGGAGGGGGAAGGAGACAGGCGCAGCUUUUGGCGCAGAUGGAGGCGAUGCGCGCUGCGCAGGUGCAAGUGCAGAGUGCGAUGUUGGGCGUGGACGCGUCGGUGUCGGCGCGCGCGUCUGGGAACGUGACCGGUGAUAAUGUUAAUACUGGUGCCGGUGCCGGAGCUAGCCGCAACGCGGGUGUCGAUCGAUCAUCGCCAUCGCGGUUGGCUUCUUCAUCGUCAUUGUUGUCGGCAUCGUCGUCGAUACCGGGCGCCACUGCCGCUGCCGUUGUCACUGCCGCUACUGGUGCUGCUGUUGCCGGUGCGGAAGCAAAUAUGAAUGUGCGCGGGUAUACGCUUUCUCUUUCUGCAGGUGUGGAGUUGGAUGAUGGUGAUCGUGCGGAUGCGGAGUCUGAUUUGGAUUUGGAUUCUGAUUUGGAUUCAGAUGCGGAUGAUGCUGAGGCUCUGGACGGAGCUGAAGGUGAAGGAAAGAGAGGCGGAGAGGGAGGAGUAGGUGGUACUGCGAUUCAUCCUUCUCAUACGCACACACAUCCACAUCCACAUCCACAUCCACAAUCGCAUUCACAUCCAAACUUGAAUUCAAACUCCAACUCCAACUCGCGUGCACCGACGUCGUCUUCUUCCUCCUCGGCAGCGGAGAGAAAGCGCGCUGGCAUUUCCACCUCGCCCUCGCCUAGUAGUCCGAGACAGCACGGCAAACCUAAGCCGAAGCAGCGCCAGACGCACGUGGUUGGGAGUGGGAGUGCGGGUGCGAGUCCGAGCAGGGUUCGCGCGGGGUUGAUGGCGCGCUCGCGGUCGCGGUCGCGCGACCAAAGUGCUGUGUCGGCCAGUGUCGAUGUGAAUCCUCCUCCUGCUAUGGCGGCGGCGGCUUCUUCGUCUAGUGCACAGAGUCAGAGCGAGAGUGAGGGUCAGAACCGGGACCAGGCGCAGAAGGACGCACCGCAAACGCAAUCGCACGCGCACGCGCAGAACCCGAAUAGACUGUCGAUCUCGUCGAUGACAAGUGUCGUCUCGGAUCGCUCGGGGCGGUCAAAUGUAUCAUCCACCUCCAACGUCUCCAACACAUCGAAUGUAACCAACACGUCGAAUUCGAGUGCGGGCGGAAGCCGCGCGGAGAGCACGACGACGGCGACGACGACGGACUCGGCGUUCGAGCUUGUGUUUGUCGAGGGCGAUGCGCGGCGUGUGAGUGCGGGCGGUAGAGAUAAAGGGGAGGACGCGGCGGCGUUUGAGGAUGGGCCGAUGGGCUUUGGCGGUGGUGGCUUUGGAUCGGGUGUCGGUGGCGGUGCGGGUGUGGGUACGGGUUUGGGUGCGGGUGGACAUGGACAUGCGAGCGCGGAUACUGUGCGUCGUCUUGGAUCGUUGUCGACUAUUCAGAGUAUGGCGACGUUGAAUGGGGAUCGGGAGAGGAGGAGGUAUGAGUAUGAGUAUGAGUUUAGGGAUGAGCUUGUGGAUCCGCUGGAUACGAGCGCCAUGGCCCAGGUUGAAAAGCAAGUACAGCAGGAAGAGAAGGGUAAGGAUGAGAAGGAGGAAGAGAAGGAAGAUGUGUCGCAGGAGGUUGUUGUGCAGAGUUCACAAGGAGGAGGAGGAAAUCGGGAUGACAUCGCGGUGGAAGACGAGGAGGAUGAAGAGGAGAACACCCCGCUCUCGCCGCUGCCGCCGUCGCCCAUGGCGCUGACCGCGUCGCCGCGCACUGCCGCUGGCGCCGCUGCGCGCGAGGAGAGGCGGAAGAAGCGGAAUAGCGCGCCGGUGCCGGCUACGUCGUCCGCGGCUUUGCUCCUCGCCCUUUCGCCGCCAUCCAACAACAACAACAACAACAACAAUACGAAUAAUGCCCCGGUUCUUGUGCCGAUGCAAGCGCAGUUCGCAGCGUCGCCGCGCUCUGUCACGUCCGCUGCGUCCGCUAUAUCAAUUGCGCGCUCGACGUCGGGCGGCACGGGUACAGCUGCAGGGAAGCGCAGGCAGAUCACAGUUGGCGGCGGCAGCGGUGGCUCGGCGUUGAUCAGGCGACAGAGCACGGGCACGAGCGCAGCGGCGGCGGGUAUUAGGCGUAGUGUCAGCGCAAGUCGUAGUCGGAGCCGCGAGCCUGGUGCGGGUGCUGCGGUGGGGUUGGCGGGUGCGGGGCUUGGAUUGGGUAUGACGAGUGCUGUGGCGCAGGUGCCGCCUGCUGCUGCUAAUGCGAAGAAGGCGCCGUCGGUGGUGGCUGCUGGUAAGGGAAGAGCCAAGGUGGUUCUUGCGCGGACGGGGAGCAAGGCGAGGAAUUUGGGUGUGGUUAGGAGGAAUAGCUCGGGACAUGGUGGUGGUGGUGGUAAUGCCGCUGCUGCUGCUGAGCAAGCGAUGGAGCGGGAAAGGAAGAGGUUGGAAGAGGAGGAAGCGGCGCGUGCACGCGAGGCUGAGCUUGAAGCUGAGCGCGAGAAGGAGCGGGAGAGAGAACGUGAGCGUGAACGCGAGGCGGCGAGAGAGCGCGAACGGGAGCGCGAGCAGCGCGAGGGGCUGACGGUGGGUCUGUUCGACGGGGACGAUCUCGCUGCGUCUGUGUCUGGCUCUGGUGCGAACGCGGGUGGGAGGAGGCCUGUGCGGUUUAAUAUUGGGUCCAACUCGGAUGGCGGGCGGAGUGCGGGGAGUGGCGGGUCGGAUGUGGGCGCGGCGGGCACGGGCGCGGGCGCGGGUGCGGGUGCGGGUGCGGGGGUGGUGUCGAAGAAGGAUGUGGUGGCGCAGCAGUUGCAACAGUUGCAGAUCCAGCACCAACUCCAGCAACAACAACAGCAGCAACUUCAGCAGCAACAACAACAAAUUCAGCAGCAGCAGCAGCAACAACAGCAGGUUGAGCAGGGCCCUAGUCAUGGACACGGACACAGACACAACCAUGGACCCACUGCGGCCGAGCUUGAGCUGCAGAACCAGCAGCUUCAACACCAGCUCGAAUUGAUUGUCCAGCAGAAGCAGGCGUUGAUGUUGCAGCAGCAGCAUGUCCAGCAACAGGCGGCGCAACAGCAUCAGCUGCAGUUGCAGCAGCAACAGGAGGCUCAGCAGCAGCAGCAAAUGUUAUUACAGCAACAAUGGCAGCAGCAGCAGCAGAUGCCUGUCCAGCGAACGCUGUCCAAGUCGCAGGUGCGCCAGCUGCAGAUGAUGGAGCAGAUGCAUAUGCAGCAUCUGAACCAGAUGAACCAGAGCAAGGCGCAUUUGGCUCAGCAACAGCAGCAACAGGAGGAGAGGAGAGGGAACGAGAGGCGGAUGUCUGGAAACGGCAAGGGUAAAGAACGCGAGGUCCAACCCCCCGUUUCACCGCGCACAAAAGCUGGUUCCUCUACCGGAGGAGCGAAGGGUGGUAGAAACAACGCUAAUACCAGCAACAACAAUAAUAAUAAUAAUAGCCAGAGCGGGAGCGGGAGCAGCAAGGCGGUGAUGGAUGAUAUCGCGGCUAGGGUGCAGCAGUCGAUCGCGGCGCCACUGUUGCCACAGCGCAAUCGGCGCAAAAUCGAGUUGGUGACGGAGAGUGAGAGCGAGAGUGAGUUUGAGACGGACUCGGAUGACGAUGGGUCGUGGUCGAGCGAGGAUAUGACGGGGGAUGAUGAGGAGCAGCGUGCGUUGGAGGAACAGCGCCAGUUGCAGUUGCAACAGCAGCAGAUACAGAUGCAGCAACAGCAACAGCUUAUUCAGAUUCAGCAGGCCCAGCGUCAGCGUUUGCAGCAGGCCCACCACCAUCAGCAGCAACAGCAGCAGUAUAACCAGCAAACCCGCGCAGGCGGCGUCCAGCGCGCCUACUCUGAACAUUAUCUCGCCAACCACCACCAGCAGCGCAACAACAACCACGUGGGCAAUCCCGGCCGGCAACACCAAGUGCACAACUUCAGCGCGGCGAUGCGCGCACAGCAGCAGCAGCGGGAGAUGCAGGCCAUGGUGGAGGCAGCGGCGUUCGAGGCGCACCGGCAGCUCAACAUGUUUGCGAAGCUGCCGAAAUCGUCGUUCCAGGACCUGGCGACCGCGCGGACGCGCAGUGUGGGCUUGCUCUCGCAGUUGUUGAAUCCGGACCCGGAGAUCUUCCCGGUGAAUCAUCCGUAUAGGCGCGGGUUUAGUUAUGGGGAGAUUAAGCCUGGGGCGUCGAGGGGGGGAGCGGGGGGGAGUUCGGGUGUGGCUGCGAUGCGCCCGUUGACGCCGGCUGCGCCUGUUGCUGAUGAAAAGCCAAAAGCCCCUGUGGUUCCGGAGCAGCGCACGGAUGGGUCUGCGCAACAGCAGCAGCAACAGCAGCAACAGCAGCAACAGCAACAGCAGCAACAACAGCAACAGCAGCAACAACAGCAACAACAACAGCAGCAACAACAACAUCGUCGCAGCGAAAGUGGGACCGCGGGCGACAGAAAGUCGUCGGGGUCUAAUGUGCCCUCGCGCAUGAACUUCUCGCCGCCGCGCCGGCCAGGUGGAAUGAACCGCACCAAGAGCGCCGCCGCGCUGCCUGUGUCAUCCCAUAUAGCUGUUGGCAGUAUGGGAAGCGCCGCCGCGCCAGUUAUUGAUCAUACGUCCGCGUUGCCCAAUAUCACAACAGCAAACACCACUUCAAACAACUCAAUCCCACACUCUAACUCUAACCCUGGCUCGUCGGGCAAGUUCCGGCCAAGGGCGCCCCCGCCGAAUACGGUUAUGGAAGACGAAAGCGCGAGCGAGGCGGAGGGAAGUAAAAUUCAGCUGUCGGAGAGUGUCGCGCAUGAGAAGCUCAGGGCGCUCUUGCAGCGCGGGGGUAUUGCUUCUCAGCAGCGCAAGGCUCCGCCUCCAGCACAACCACUACGGCCCGCGGCAGCGGAUGAGGCUGAGAAUGAGAAUGAUGUUCCUCAGUGGCUUAGGGCGUCGCGGCCGGAAGAUGGCACUGCUGCUGCUCGCCAGCAACAGCAGCAGCAGCAGCGCCAGCGUACGCGGUCUACUCCACAUACAGUUCAGUUCGCGGAACCUCAGCCGCAGCCAAUCCCACCUGCUGUGCCAAUACAAUAUGGGUAUCCCUACAAUCUCCCCUUGGUAGCGGCGCCCUCGACACCACGUACCAUACGUCGGCAAAUGCUGUCCAACGAGCUGCCGGAAGAGUUGCGCCGGAACUUGUUGUGGGAAAGGCAGACGAGCAAUGGGAAUCUGGCCGCGAUGAAGAGGAGUGCGAGUGGUGGUGGCAGUCGGCACAGUGUGUUGGGUGGAUUGCAGCCGUUGACAGCGGCACCUAGUAUGGUGCAGCUGCGUGCCAAAGGGACAGCACCGCCUGAAGGGACUAUUGAAGACCUUCGGAACGCGCCUCCUGUUGACCAGCAGGAGAGAAAACGCCAGGCCAUGGCACGAAAUAAAAGCUGGGCCAAUGAUUUCCAUACUUCGGGAUGGUGA